CGCAGCUCCCCGGCAGGAUCCUUGAUUUGCUCGGUCCUUGGUCAGUUGCAAUGUCCAAGUCACAACCAAAGAAAAAGGAGUCCUCCUCCAGUAAAGUGUCUUUGUCAGACCGACAGACUGAAGCAGCAUCCCUAGCAGUCACUUCCUCUGAGAGCCUAGGAGGCGUGUGGAGAUGCAGAUUCCCCAUUUGGCCCGAGUGGAAUGAUGCAGAAGUCAGCAAGGAGAAAUGGGACUCAAGUAAAGGAGCUGAAGAUGGAAAGACAAAGGGUUACAAUCCUCCAUUUUUUGAAGAUCCCGAGGGAACAAUUUCCCUACCUCCAUCUUUGAAAGUGCACUCUUGGAAGCGUCCCACAGAGUUUAUUGUCAACAAGGGUCUCACCGUUGUUGAAAAUCAAAUGACCUUUGACCUAAUCUCCCCCAAUGAUCAUCUGAUUUGCAGUGAGCUGAUGAGGUGGAUGAUAAGUGAGAUUUAUAUUGUUUGGAGGGCGCAUAACUGCACAUCUACAGAACAAGAUGUUUGGAGACCUUGGGAGCAUGUCUACUCUUUGUGUAAGGUGGUGAAAGGUCAUGUGCCACUCUACAACAGCUAUGGGAAAUACGUGGUCAGACUCUACUGGAUGGGUUGUUGGAGAAAGGUAACAGUAGAUGAUUCCAUGCCAUUUGAUGAAGAAAACAACCUGCUUCUCCCCGCCUCCACCUGUCAGUCAGAGCUGUGGCCAAUGUUGUUGGCUAAAGCUCUUAUUAAAGUGGCCAACACAAAAUCAGGGUCAGAGGCCUUCGGGAAGAUGGGGGAGUUCACCUUUAUCCAUGCCCUCACCGGCUGGAUCCCAGAAACCAGUCCUAUAAAGUCGGUACACCUGAGAAAAACCUGGGAUUUCUUACAAGACACCAUUCCCAUAUUUACACUCCCAGAUGAGAGUUUGCUGGAGACGAAGCCUCAGACUGCAGAUCCAGCUGCAGGGAGAGAUUCCAGCUUUAUUGACCACAAGAGUCAGCUGCCAGAACCAGAGAAAAGCAAAGGUACCCCCGAGUUAGUGGUGUGUGCCAGCUGCUCCCCUUUACAGCCACAUAACAAUUCCUUUGGGUUUGGACAAAUGGCAAACUCCUCAGAGUUUCUUCGUCAGUACGGUCUCUCCUUGCUGCACAGCCACAUUGUCCUGUUGACCAGAACCCGGGCAUGCCAGCUGGAGCCACCACCCAAACCUCCACCUGUGCCCAGAUGGAAACUCAUCCGCCAGCGCAAGGAGAGCGUGGUCACCGAUGAACCGCAGAAGCUUCCUUUGUCAAAACCAGAGAAGUUCAUUGAAGUUGCCAGCCCAUUUCUCUCCUACCAUGUCAAGAGCGGCGUUGGCCCAACCCCUGAGCUAGAGGCCAAGCAGAGCACCGAGAGGAAGCGUUCCUAUGGAUCCCCUCUGGUGUCCAUUGUUGAGAGAGAGGAGGCUGAAUGUCGAGAAGGCCUUGAGCCCGAUGGAGCUGAACGCACCACUAACUCACCGAACAGCACAACAGACAAAAUAGAGGUUACUGCAGAGGACAGCAAGAAGGACGAUGAUGGCAUCUCCAAUGAUCGGCCUAAAACUGCAAUGAGUGACCCUGUAACUGAGGAACCCUCACCUACUGUCAAACCCAUCCUGCAGGAGACCUGGGUGGACCUGGAUGACUUUGCUAAAUGUUUUCAGACUCUCUUUGUGUUCCAUAAACCACAGUUCUACCCACAUCAUAUCCAGAAAUCUCAGCUUAAGAGCACUGUCUUGUCCAAAACUGCAACAACAACAUCUACUCUUGCCACCGGAUCUAUCCCUGUGACAUCUACUGUAGCAAGUCCUGAAUGUCCAGAGGUGAGAGGCACUCACUACCUGUGUGUGGACAGCCUACAACCUUCCCAGAUCCUCAUCAGCUUCUCUGCUCUGCUUCUCAGGGGGGAUACAGCUGAGGAGAAAAAGGAAAUGUCAGCAGCGUGUGGGUCUGCAGUCCUCAUCGCCCAGUCAUACUCCUGGAAAAGCUUGCGCUCUCAGCUGCCAGUUCUCACCAUCAAGACCACCUCCUCAAAGGCAAAAAUGCUUAACUUACCAGCAGGGCGGAAUGUGUUGUCCUUCCACGCAAAGGCAGCAGUGGGCUACCACAUUCACCUGUGCAGCAAGAUGCCUUUAAUCUUUGGGGAUGAAGAAACCAUCAUGUCACACCUUACUAAGGAAAGUGCUCGUUUCACUGAGCAGGCCAUGUCCAUCUUGAGAGCCCUCUCCAGAUUGGUGUCUUCCUUUAGUGAUGAGCAGGACCAGCCAGCAGCCAGAAGAACCCUAGAAGAGGCUCACUGCCCCCAAAACAUCAACACCACCCUGGGAAAACACCACCAGGUGUUUAACCUUGCUGUUUACCACAUGCUGUAUCACGCUCUGGGCAGGAAGCUGACUGCAGAUGAGCGGUUUGGUGUACUGGCCCUAACAGCUGACCCUUCACUCUUGGCCACUAAUGCCGAAGAACACUCCCCUAUAUUGGAUGCAGAGUUGAAGCCUCCAGAAAGGUGGAGAGACAGGGAGCCAACAGACAGGGAGGUCAAGGCUGUCACCAUUCUGCAGGGUGAAUUCAAAAGGCACUCAGAACGAAAGAUCUUUAAUGCCUCAAAACCAGGCACGAAGGAGAACCUCAGUGCAUCUAAGAUCCUUUUAGACAUGUGGCCGAAGGUUGACGCAGAUGCAGAAAAACAUGCUGCCCUCUUGCUAUGGUAUAUCAUUGACCACUCUGAGAGUACAGCAGAGCUCUACCCCUGUCAGCAAGAUGAGUGGACUAGAAUAACGUUUGCUGACUACUCUGUCCCUCUUCAAGACACAGCCGAUUCCUGGGUUUUGGUCUUUAGAGAGGUAUUCCUGGUUCCUAAGGAGAUGCUGCUGGUACCAAAGGUCUACUGCCCAAUCCCUAAUUGUCUGCUGCACAUUGUAAAUAAUGACACAGGAAAGGAGCUGGACAUGGUCUUCAACAAAGCAGCACCCAGUGUCUAUCAACCUAACAAGCUUGGGUAUACCUUUGUAGCAGAGGCUGUCGCACCUGAAUCACCCCCUGUUGGUGCCAAGUGGAAGAUGCGCUUGAUCAGCUCAAGUGAAGUCCUUCCAAAACUGUCCCAUGAGACUCCACUCAACACCUUCUCAGUGAAGGAGUUCCGGAAUUAUUAUAUUCCCAAUGAGAAAAACCUCAUAUGUCGUUACAAUGUGCAGGUGACGGCAGACGUCCUAGGAACAAUUCAGUUUCAGACUUCCAAGCCAGAUGUGUUGAUCCGUCUGUCCAUUCUGGACCAUGAGAAGGAGGUGGCUGGCAACACCGGGAAGGGCCAUGUUGUAAUUCCUGUGUUCUUCUUCCUGGCCAACAAAGCACCCAGUUGCACUGAUGAGGAGAACCAGAGCCAGAAGGGAUCCCCCACCCAGGACAAGGGAAUCAAGGGUCAUAAGUAUGUGGUGCAGGCAGAGGUGCUUUAUAAGAGCUGGGAUUUGGAUGAGUCUCAGCUGGCUUUUGUCCAUAUUCUUAGAGACUUGAAGAAGAACGAAAUGAGAGUAUACAGGCCUGAGGACUUGAAGCGUUCAUCCACUGACACGUUGAUCCACGGUGGACACAAAUCGGACACACCCAAAGCCAACCGCAAAGGCGAAGGUGACAAGGAGAAAGGGAAGCCAGCUGCCGUCUCCAAAUCUGGCUCCAGGCAGGAAACGAGCCUUGACUUGACAAAGCCGAACUGGACGCUGCGUGUCGUCAGUGACAAGAGCAAAACAGGGAGCAUCGAGGUGACGAAGGACACAGAGAGAAUGGACCAGAUUAAAGCCAUUAAAAAAGCCUGGGAAAUGGCAGAACCAGGUCGCUUUGCUAAGGCUUUACAGUCUCGUCUCAAAUUUCAUGAACAAAUCCAACAUCAAGCAAGUGAUGAAACUACUACAGAUGAUGCAGAAAGCAAAGAGCCCGCUGCUCCCAGAUCUACUCAAAAGCUGACUGAAACCUCAUGCUCCUAUCCUCCCAUGGACUACUCAUCCUUCAUCAGACGCCAGAAGGAUUUUCCAGCGCUGAUGAACCCACAGAUAGAGGCAAUCCAGCAGAGGGAGCGCUUAGAAAAGAUCCAGACGUACCGGUUGGUCCGAGGCAACGUGCUAGAGCACCAGAAACAGCAUGAGCUCGACAGGAGGGAACUAAUGAGACAACAGCUGGAGAUGUAUGAGAAGAUGCAGGCAGCCUUGUGGCAACGCUGUAAGAAAUUCCAUAACGCUUGCGAGGCAUUUAGUAGCCGUCAGAUGGCGGCCAUGAAAAAGGAACAAGAAGAGAAACCGGCGCUGGAGGAGGCCCAGCAGGCACUUCUAGAAAAAACAACCCCCACCCCUGCUGCCGCCCAGCAGCCCAACAAACGUGCCAAGACUGCUGGCAAGAAGAAAUGAUGGCCAUUGGCACUAACUUCCCAUCUCAAUUUCCUCAGCAGACACCUCCCAACAAGUCUGAACACUGAAUAAUCUUGGUCUGAUCACAAUAUUGUAGCCUGCACUUGAUUAUAUAAUACCUAACCAAAAGAUUGUUGCUGCUCUUGAUUUAGAGCCACGAGAGCUGGUGUCUCUUGCUUUUAUCUCUGAAAAUAUGAAACUAAGGAAAAGUUACUUUGGUAAUGUUUGUAAUGUUGUUUUUUUUAACCAAAGAUGUUCAUACUUUCACAGCAUUUAUACUGUAUUCUGUGCUAUUAAAUCACAUUCUUAUAACACACAUA